AUGAGUCCCAGUUUUAGCACUCGAGGAAAAAUCGAUACACCAAAGCUCCCUUCGGAUUGUAUUGAGGAAAUUUUAAAAAGUCUUGAUAAAGAAAACGAUCGAACGUCGCUUUAUUCUUGGACAUUAGUGAAUCGAUCCUGGUGUAAAAUAGCCGUCUCAUUAUUAUGGGGUCACCCGUUCACCGACAUGAAAUUUGGUGAUGAUCAUGAAACGGGACAUUUGCUUAUCAGAACGUAUAUUUCUUGUCUAUCUGAUGAUGCGAGGCAAAAGUUAAUCGAUGAAGGUCAUAAUAUCAAGGUGGCCAAGACGUUAUUCGAUUAUCCCUCCUAUUUAAAAGAACUUCAUGUUGGACACGUACAAUCCUCAAUUGGUCAAUGGUGGGAAAAAUCAACCGAUUACAUGUUAAAGCAAAAGGCUCAAUUUCAAACCGUUGUAUCCUUGAUCUUGGAAAUGUUAUUUAACAAAUGUAAUGGAUUAAAAAAGUUGGAUUGCGAAUUACAACAAUUUUAUUAUAGUAGCGCCGAUUUCAUUUCUUUUGCCGGGACUCAAAAGGCCAUCUCGCGUUUAAAUGAACUUCGAAUCGAUUGUUCAAGCGUGGAUCAAGGUCACCUGUUUGACUUGUUAACUUUGAUCAUCAACGAUUCGCAAUACAUCAAUCACAUCGUUAUCACCCCUCAUCAUGAUGGCCCAUUGGCUCAACAGAUUCCAAGGUUAAUCGAAUCUCAAAACAAUUUAACAAGUUUCACCAUGAAUUCUACUUUGAUCGGUUCAUUUGAUCCUUCCAGAUCCGCUUCAAUUUUUUCUUCACUCACGAGUCAAUUGAAUUCAUUAACGAUUUUGGACUUUCGAAAGAUUUACAUUGACGGGAAUUCUCUUGAAAUUUUAACAAAAUGUUCGAACCUAAAAAGUUUAAAAUUUGUUAAUUGUUAUCAAGAACAAGACAUAAUGGUAUCGGAAUCAUCAUGUAAAUCAUCAAGUCAUCUUAAGAUCAACAGGUUGACCUUAAACAGUGAAAGAUCUCGAGAAACUUUCCUCACACCAAAGACUUGUACCACCAUUAUAAUGAUGUCAAAGAAUCAUUUAAAAGAAUUAGCAAUUGAUUUUUCCACUCCGGAAUUAUUGCAAUUCAUUCAUACACAACUUCCGGAUUUAACAUCAUUGGCGAUCAGAACGAUUCCUCCAUUACAUCAACUUGAAUGGAUGUCUCAUUCGAACUCACUUUCACAUUUGGCCUUAAGCGAUGUGGAUGUUAACAGUUGUUUGUUUUCAAUUACAAUUUGUCAACAAAUCGGUCGACUAUUACCUAAAAACCUUAAACAUCUACAGUUAGAGAGUAGGUUUAAUAUCGCUCCCGAAUCUUUAACCGGUUUAUUAGAACGAUCCGUCGCUAGGUUAGAAAUCCUAAGUUUAGAUGUGGAAAAAUUUGAUGAUACUUUGCUUGAGGUCGUCGGUGAUUAUGCAAGGGAUACCGGAAAAGUUCUGAAAGAAUUAAGAAUUUGUAAGGAUACUAGGAUCGAAUUUGAUCAUACUUUAUGUAAGAAAUUAUUAAAUGUUAUACCUUCCAUCAACCUAAAUUAUGAAGAUCCUUGGCCCGUCUUAAUUG